AUAGAAAUAAUGGAGGUCUACCUGCGCAAAAAGGGAUUCCCAGCUGAGGAAAAAACUGAUGAAAUCCUGAACCACCUGCUUGGCAAGGCAAAAAGCAUUGUUAAGAUCGGAUUAAAGAGUGCUCCUUCCACCACACCUGUAAACCCUGAGGCAGUUUAUAGCAUUCUGAGGCGCUAUUUUAGCGACAUUCCUGGAUCUUGCUUACCACUGGCUGAUUUUUAUGCUACUCAGCCGAUGGCUAAUGAGACACCAGUAGACUACUGGGUUAGACUUAACACAGCUGCUGAAAACGCUGACAAACACUUGAAAGAUCAAGGAAGCAGCCUGAAUAAAAUGGAUACAGAGAUAGCAAUGAUGUUCAUCAGAAAUUGUCCUGAUUCUAGUCUCGCCUGUGUUUUCAAGUGUAAGCCCACCACUAAGUGGACAUUCACUGAGGUGCAAGAGGCCAUUGAUGAGCAUCAACGAGAGCAGCAAGUGAAGAGACCACACGCAACUGCCCCAAAAGCAAAAACACUCCAGAUUGCCACUGCAGUAGCAGCACCUGACCACUCAGAGCUUGAAGUAGAAUUCGACCGACUCCAUGUCAAGUAUGUGGCAACAGUAACCACUCUACACGGACACACUGCAUGAGAGAGAGAAGAUGCCUGGCCUGUCUCGAGAUUGGACAUCAGCGAAGAAGCUGUCCAAAAUUCCCUAACACUCAGCGAGUUGGAGGCUCUAUUGACCAGGGAAACUAAACCACUCACACUUGAGAGGGCACUGUGUGAGUGAGUAUGAUGAGUCCCUCACCCCAACAGAAGACAUAAAGGUUGUGUAUACAGAAAGUUUGAAAUCUGCUCCAGCCAACACCCAUGUGUUGUUUCAAAACAUAUCCAGACUAGAAAAGGCUGACAGCCUCUUUUACACUGAUGCACAGGUUGGGGAUAAAGUGUCAUUGCAAGCUCUUUUAGACACUGGCUCCAUGGCCUGCACUAUCAGCGUAGAAGCUGAGCAACUUCUUGAGAAUGCAGGGCUUACAUCCCAGCCUGAUUGUGAUCGUAAUGACAUUAUUCUUGUAGGCUGUGGAGGAGUUCAAGUAAAGCCCAAAUGCAUCCAUGAAUUAAAAAUGGAAGUAUAUGGAUGUUCAUUUAUUGUUCCAGCUUUAGUGGUGCCUGGGCAGAAAGAUCAGCUGAUUUUGGGCACAAAUGUCAUCAAACACCUCCUAAACCAGUUCAAACAUUCUCCUCACUUUUGGCAAGUUAUGAGUAAACCAGAGUCUGCCCAAACACCAGAAGUCAUAAAGUUUCUUAGUAUGCUGUCUGGCACUGAAAGAUGGAGAGGUGAUGUGAUCCCAGAUUUUAUUGGGACAGCUGAACUGGUGCAGGCAGUCACUCUUCUCCCAAAGCAAGAACAUUUGAUUUGGAGCAGACUCCCUAAAAACUCGCCUCUCUCCGAGGGCAGUGCCAUUCUAGUUGAACCAUCACCCAAAACACAGAUGCAUAAAAAAGACAUUAUUGUCUGUAGAUCAGUGUCCUCCAUGAAUGGUGAUAGGUGGGUCCCAGUGCGCAUUCUAAACACCUCUGAUAAGGCCAUCAUAUUAAAACGCCAUACCAAAGUAGCGGAGGUGUCCACCUGUAUAGCCCU